CUUCUGCGCUUUCGAUUCGCUUUGCUCGACUGGUUCCUCCGUCCGUCUCUCUCGCCGGUUUUUGGAGAAAUUCGCGACUAUGCAUAGGCUCUCUAAGCGCUCCUUCACCGCCAUCCUCGGCUCUAGCGGCGGUCGCCUCCGCGUCGCCGCCGCAGCCCCGACCUCUCGAUCCUCUCCGUCGUCUUCAACGGCUGUGGAGAGAGGCGAUACUGAAUUCAGAUGGUAUUCAUCCUUAACCUAUGGAAAAUGUAAAACAAUUGGGUCUGUUUCUGAACUGAACCUGAAAACCAACUUGAUUCUGGGACGUCGCAACGAAUCAACUGCCGCGGCACAGGAUUCUUCCUCGCAGGCUCCACCACCAGCUGAGAAAUUCGAAUAUCAAGCUGAAGUCAGUCGCCUCAUGGACCUCAUUGUUAACAGCUUGUAUAGCAACAAGGAGGUGUUUCUCCGGGAGCUUAUUAGCAAUGCAAGUGAUGCCCUGGACAAGUUGCGGUAUCUUAGUGUUAUGCAGCCUGAGCUUUUGAAGGACUCUGUCGAUCUUGAUAUUCGUAUUCACACGGAUAAAGACAACGGAAUAGUAACUAUCACCGAUUCUGGAAUUGGCAUGACUCGGCAAGAGCUAGUUGACUGUCUUGGGACUAUUGCUCAAAGUGGAACUGCCAAGUUCCUGAAAGCUUUAAAGGAUAGCAAGGAUGCUGGUGGAGACAACAAUCUAAUUGGUCAAUUUGGUGUGGGAUUCUAUUCAGCAUUCUUGGUUGCAGAUCGAGUCUCGGUGUCAACUAAGAGCCCAAAGUCUGAUAAGCAGUAUGUGUGGGAAGGAGAAGCAAAUGCAAGCACAUUCACGGUUCGAGAGGAGACUGAUCCACAGUAUCUUAUUCCUAGAGGAACACGUAUCACUUUGCACCUUAAGCGUGAUGAAAAAGGUUAUGCGCAUCCAGAACGGGUUCAGAAGCUUGUGAACAACUAUUCUCAAUUUGUUUCGUUCCCUAUAUACACUUGGCAGGAAAAAGGACACACAAAAGAGGUUGAAGUUGAUGAGGAUCCAGCUGAAGCAGCAAAAGAUGAACAGGGUGACAAAUCCGAGAAGAAGAAGAAGACCAAGACUGUUGUUGAGAGAUAUUGGGAUUGGGAGCUUACCAAUGAGACACAGCCCAUUUGGCUUCGCAGCCCAAAAGAGGUGACCACAGAGGAAUACAACGAGUUUUAUAGGAAAACCUUCAAUGAGUAUUUGGACCCAUUGGCAUCCUCUCACUUCACGACAGAGGGUGAAGUCGAGUUUAGGUCCAUCCUUUACGUGCCUGCUGUCUCACCAAUGGGGAAGGAUGACUUGGUUAAUCCAAAGACAAAGAAUAUAAGGCUCUAUGUUAAACGGGUUUUCAUUUCAGAUGACUUUGAUGGAGAACUGUUUCCUCGCUACUUGAGCUUUGUUAAGGGUGUUGUGGACUCGAACGAUCUCCCACUCAAUGUUUCUCGUGAGAUUCUUCAAGAAAGCCGCAUUGUACGGAUCAUGAAGAAGCGUCUGGUGCGGAAGGCUUUUGACAUGAUUUUGGGCAUAUCCUUAAGUGAAAACAAAGAAGAUUAUGAGAAAUUUUGGGAGAAUUAUGGCAAGAAUCUGAAAUUGGGAUGCAUCGAGGACCGAGAAAACCACAAACGAAUUGCACCACUGCUUCGGUUUUUUUCCUCCCAGAGUGAGGAUGAGAUGAUCAGCUUGGAUGAGUAUGUAGAGAACAUGAAAACUGAACAGAAAGCCAUCUAUUACAUCGCUUCCGACAGUGUUACAAGUGCCAGGAACACACCUUUCCUAGAGAAGCUUCUUGAGAAGGAUCUCGAAGUACUAUAUCUGGUGGAUCCCAUCGAUGAAGUUGCCAUACAGAGCUUGAAAUCUUACAAGGAGAAGGAUUUUGUCGACAUCAGCAAGGAAGACUUGGAUCUAGGUGACAAGAACGAGGAGAAAGAGGCGGCCAUGAAAAAGGAGUUUGGGCAGACUUGUGAGUGGAUCAAGAAACGAUUGGGCGAGAAGGUUGCCAGCGUUCAAAUCUCCAACCGACUGAGCUCAUCGCCUUGUGUUCUUGUAUCCGGAAAAUUCGGCUGGUCAGCCAAUAUGGAGAGGCUAAUGAAAGCACAAACUGUCGGGGACACAUCUAGCCUGGAGUUCAUGAGGGGGAGAAGGGUGUUUGAGAUCAAUCCCGACCACCCGAUUAUCAAUAACCUUAACGCUGCUCACAAGAAUAACCCGAAUGACGAAGAUGCGAUGAGAGCCAUAGAUCUUCUGUAUGAUGCGGCCCUGGUAUCUAGUGGCUUCACCCCCGAGAAUCCAGCCGAGCUGGGUGGUAAGAUAUAUGAGAUGAUGGGCAUGGCUCUUUCGGGGAAAUGGUCGAGCCCUGAGUUUCAGCAACAGCGGAUGACGCAGCCUCACGAUGCUGAGCCAGUGGAAGCUGAAGUGGUUGAACCAGUGGAAGCCGGUGGGCAGAAAUGAACAGCAGCCUAGUUUAUUGUCUUUUUACAAUGCCCAUCUUCUUGUUCUUCUUUGAUAGAAAAAAGAAACUGGAAAACAUCUAAGAUCUACUCUUAGACCACUCUUCUCUAGUUGCCAAGGAGAGAAUGGCAAGGAGAAAAAACAGUCACUUGUUCUUUCUUUUGUUGAGCUAAUUGGUAUGGUCAGAGUAUCA